GGGGCGGCGUGUGGGGCCGGGCUCCCCGCUCUAGCUCCGCCCCGGCCGCGCUGGGACCUUUAAACAGGCGCCGGGGCCGCCCUAGCGGCUGCUGCGAGCGAGUCUGGCCGCGUCCCUUGAGCGAGUCAAGAUGCCGAACUGGGGAGGAGGUAACAAAUGUGGUGCCUGUGGACGAAUAGUCUACCAUGCUGAGGAGGUUCAAUGUGAUGGGAGGAGCUUCCACAGAUGCUGCUUUCUCUGCAUGGUUUGUCGGAAAAACUUAGACAGCACAACUGUAGCAAUUCAUGACGAUGAGGUUUACUGCAAGUCCUGCUAUGGAAAAAAAUAUGGUCCUAAAGGCUAUGGCUAUGGCCAAGGAGCAGGCACGCUCAACAUGGACAGAGGCGAGAGACUGGGCAUUAAGCAUGACAACACACCAUCUCCUCACCGACCUACAACAAGUCCAAAUACUUCAAAAUUUGCUCAGAAAUUUGGAGGUGCAGAGAAAUGCUCCAGAUGUGGGGAUUCUGUUUAUGCUGCUGAGAAAGUAAUAGGAGCUGGAAAGCCAUGGCACAAAAACUGUUUUCGGUGUGCCAAGUGUGGGAAGAGUCUAGAAUCUACAACCCUGACAGAGAAAGAAGGUGAAAUUUACUGUAAAGGCUGCUAUGCAAAGAACUUUGGCCCCAAAGGCUUUGGAUAUGGCCAGGGAGCAGGUGCUCUUGUCCAUGCUCAGUGAAGGAGUUAAACAGAAGAUUAGCAUGAUUCACUGAGAUUCUUCCUCUGCAACAAGGCGCAGCUUAAGUGUUACUAAUUACUGUGAAACUGACACUAGUGUGUUAUAAUAUUGCUUAGAUCAAGCUUUUACCAAAUACUAAAGCAUUACAUGUUUCUCUUGUACACCACGUUUCCACUAUAUUAGCACUGUUGUCUAUCUCAAUAAAGCUUUGCAUAUUGUCUUUUU